AUGAUUGAUAAGAAGAUAGUCCGCAAAGGGCCGCUGUCUGGGGGUCGCCGGUGCGCGUCUGGAGCUGGCGCUGGAAGCGGCAGCAUGCGGGCUGACAGCCGAACGCGAGGAGCUGCACGUUCACCUAGCAGCCCUCCGCAUCCAUCUUCCCCACCAGAAGGCUUGGUGUCGGCUGGGUCUUCUCGGACUCAGCAAGCGGCACCCGCCGCUGGUGGAGCACGUCGCACGCAUUGGUCACAAGCAAUGAAUACAAACGCACUGCGGGCGUACUUUAGGGCAAAAGGGGAAGAAACUGGAUAUUUGGCGUACUGGGCUCGGAUGCAUGGUCUUUUGGCUGAGCUGGAGCCAUCUUUAAGCGUCACAGAGCAAAACCUGGCAGACUGA